AUGUCUACAAGAAGCGGUUCGAUUACUAUAGAAGCUCUACAGUCGAUUUUAGAUCGAAAGUUGAAGCCAUUAACAGACAAACUUGAAGGUCUCACGGCAUCGGUGCAGUUCAUAAGUGAUAAAUAUGAUGAAAUAACCAAAGAAAUGGAGCGUUUACAACUCAAAACUGAUACUGUUGUUGAAGAAAAUAAGCAACUGAAAGCAGAGGUUUUCAACUUGAAAAAUGAACUAGAAAUACAAAAAGGAAUUACUAACAAUCUUGAGCAGUAUACACAAAGGGAUUGUCUUGAAAUCGCUGGCAUCCCCAAGAUAGAAGGUGAAGAUGCUAAUGACUUGGUGAUAAAAGUUGGUCAAUUAGCUGGAGUCAAGAUAGAGAGAAAGGAUAUCUCA